UCGUGGAAGGUAGCAAGGAGUGAGAAAUGGACCUUCCAUGGUGCCCCCAUUUAAUCCCUCCAGCUUUCACUCUCUUUCCCCUCAACCCCCACUCUCCUCUUCUCUUCUUUUCCAAAAACAAUGAAGCUCAUUAGCACCAUCAACCCCAAAAACCUCAAACUAAGCCCCAAACGCUUCUUUCGUAAAAAGGAACCAUCUUUAGUCUCACGCUCCGACCCGCCUUCUUUCGGAUCCGGAUCCUCUUCCGUUGACUCUUCCACCGCAAAUCACAAACCUUCCGCCGGUAACCAAACUCCGACCAGCGUUCUCCCGGACGUCUCCGGCGAGUGGUCCGAGGUCGCCACCGCCGCCGUUGACGUGCGGUGGGACCUCGCGCAGGCCUUACGCCUCAUCGAUCGCGACAACGACGGCGUCGUCACGCGCCAGGACCUCGAGUCGCUUCUCACGCGCCUUGGCGCGUCGCCGAGCCCCGGCGACGUGGCGCUCAUGCUCGGCGAGGUCGACGGCGACGGCAUCACGGUUGAGUCUCUCAUGAGCUACGUCGGGUCGGGUCUCGAAACUGGGUCGGAUCCCGACGAGCUCAAAGAAGCCUUCGAGGUGUUCGACACGGAUCGAGACGGGAGGAUCUCGGCGGAGGAGCUGCUUAGGGUUUUCAAAGCCAUCGGCGACGAACGGUGCACGUUAGAGGAGUGCCGGCGCAUGAUAGAGGGAGUGGACAGAAACGGGGACGGGUUCGUCUGCUUCGAGGACUUUUCUCGUAUGAUGGACCUGCAGCGGUGAUGAUGACGUGGUUGUGAUUGUGAUGAUGUCAGAUGAUGAUCAUGAUCAUGUUAUGAUGAGACGAUGUGAAAAAAUAUAUAUAAGAAGGAAGGCAACUUCUCCAAUUUUUUUUUUUAAUCCCUUCUGUUAUUUUCUGUUUGUUAUUAUUAUUUUAUUAAUUUUUUUUCUCUCUUUUAAUUUGGGUGUAAAAUUUUCAAAGGCGAAUGUGCAAAUCCACUGAGAAAAUGCGUUCUGAGUUGAAUACUUGAAUGAUGCAUGUGAUUGGGGGGGCAAAGAGAAAAUAUCUGAAUAUAUCUAACGUGGCUUUAAGCUCUGAAAUUAAUGUAUGUGGCAACAAGCAGAACCCCUUUCUGGAUUUUUCUUA